AUGUCUAGCAAUGUCGCUGUGUCACUUUUUUUGCAACGCUUAUUGCACGAAAAGUACAUGGAGGAUUCUAGUGUUGAUUCCCUCAUUCAGGGCAUAAUUAGGGGAACAGGGACUCCAUUUUCGUCGAAAGCCUCUUUUAUUCAACAUGCGAACAAAUUAUUAUCCGAUGUUGGCUUUAUCUUAGUGCGAGUCAUUGUUUCUGGAAAAAAAUACUAUUCUCUUAAGGAUCUGGACUCUACUAAUUCUUCAGCUGAUGCUUUAAACAAAUUGACCAAUAGAGACCUCAAUAUUUCCCAGGACUUAACUGAAGACCAAUUUAAGACACCAAAGAGGAGUUAUUUAAGUCAAAUUGAUUCUUCUCAAGAUGUAUCUGAAAAUUUAACCUCUUCAGCAUUCCCUUACAGGUCAUUUUUGAGACAAAACUCCUCUAAGUUUACACACUCUGAGUUGAUGAUAUUUAUUGAUUCUAUCAACGCUAUUAUUCAAACUGGGAAACCGCUCCCUUUGAGGAAACAGGCAUCCUAUGACUCAUGGACUUCGUUGUGCUCUAAGAGAUCUUUAAUGGAAGAACAAUCUCAACUAAAUCUGCUUGAACGGUUUGAAAAAAGAAAAUGGCUGGAAUUUUACGGGAAUGACAAUGAUAUCGCACCUGGCAUCAGAUUUUACUUUGAUCUUUCUAAUUUUUUCGAUUUACGGGAUUUGAGAAAUUGCGAUUCUUGCAAUAGUCUAAUUAUUUUUAAUGAGUUUCAUUGCAAAGAGUGUAAAAAACCAUUCCAUCAAGAAUGCGCUACUUCAAACGGGUCUGGAAAUAUCAGUGAGCAGAUGAAAUGUUUCACUUGCUCCAUCACAUAA